AUGGCCACAGUUUUUUGGGAUGCGCACGGUAUUAUUCAUAUCGAUUACCUUGAAAAGGGCAAAACGAUCACCGGCGAAUAUUACUCAAAGCUGUUGGACCUAUUCGACGCCGAUUUGAAGCAAAAACGACUGCAUUUAGCGAAGAAGAAAGUGCUCUUCCACCAGGACAACGCACCGGCUCAUAAAUGUGCAGUCGCAAUGGCAAAACUGUAUGAAUUGCGUUACGAAUUGGUUCCUCAUCCGCCAUACUCCCCAGAUUUGGCGCCCAGCGACUAUUAUCUGUUUCCAGACUUAAAAAAAUGGCUCGGUGGUAAGAGAUUUGAGUCGAAUGGGGAGGUCAUUGCUGCGACGGAGGCCUAUUUUAAGGACUUCGAAAAAUCGUAUUAUUCGAAGGGCAUCGAAAAAUUGGAGAAUCGUUGGACAAAGUGUAUAGAGCUUAACGGGGACUACAUUGAGAAAUAA